UCUGCCUAUGCUUAUAUUUUAUCUAUCAGCAUGCGUUAAAAUAGCACCCAAAGACAUCAAUCAGAAUUGGCACCCCCGGGUACUGUGGCGCUUUUCAUACAUACAGGAAAAAACUGUCUUUGUCCCUGAAGAGUUUACAGUUUAAGACAAGACACAGGAAGUGAGUGUGAUGAACAAGAGGAGAGAAGUGGGAAGGAAAGCCAAGGCUAGUAAUAAGCUCAUACUGGUACAUAGGUUCACUGGAGGUUUGAGCCUGUAUCCAUUGAAGUCAAUGGGAGUGUUGUCCUUGACUUAAUUGGGUCAGGAUUAGGCAUUUCAUGGGUAAUGUGAUUGUUUGUGGGGGGAAAACUUUCUAAUUAUUUCAAUCAGUCAAUAAUAUCAGCUCUUCCUAAGCACCCUUCAACAUGGUCAUCGUUGACUGGCUGGUUGCUGGAUGAUAUCCCAGCAGAAGUGUGGAUGAGGAGUCCGAGAGAGGAGAAUGUGUUGGCCUUACGGAUCAGUUCUGUAUGUAGUGAGCAACAUGGAGGGAGCAUGAAACCCUUCGUGGGAGGAGCAGAGCAAUGGCUGCCCAAGUCUGAAAGGACGAAAUAAUGGCCCUAGGAGUGUGAGUGGGGAGAUGCUCGGUUACAAUUUAAUAAAUUCCUUAUCACAAUCUGAUGAACUUGUGACUCAUUCCUCUGCCCCUGUGCUUAGGCAGUGUGGCAUUUAGGGUUCUAGCUAGUACGUCGUAUUGUGUAGCAGGGUUUGAUGAAGAGCCAGCUUUCAUUUUCUGCAAAGCCAAGCCCACUUGUUUCCAUUUACUAGAACAGGAAGCUUAGAGGGCACAAGUACUCCUGCGACUGCAAGCUGCCCAGACCAUGGCGAUCCUGCACUUAGCUCUUUGUUGCCUAUGGCUUCUCCUGCAAAGAACAGCUGUGGCAGCUGGGUCCAUAAGAGUCCAGUGUGGGGAAACAGCAAUCCUACCCUGUCCCACUGCUGCUGGAGGGCUGCACAACUACUGGGCCAUUGGCUGGUACAAGGUAGCCAAUGAGAGUCAUGAAACGGGGCUGAUUCGGAGACAUGAGAACAGCACGCAUGUGUAUUUGGGGACCCAGAGGAAGUUCCUGAUGGAUGUGCAGCAAUCCCUGGUCAUUCCUGAGGUCCAGCUGGAGGAUUCUGCUGUGUACCGCUGUUCCCUGUGGGCCAGAGUUGGGCAUUUCAAUCAGCAGGCAGACAUUAUCCUGCAGGUAUCAGGUGAGUUGGCAGCACAAUAUUAAUAGGGCUGGAAUCACAGCCAAACAUCACAGGGAUACAAAUGAGCUUUCAAAAAAGACGUGGCACAGAGCUUUUGGCCUCCUCCAGCAAAAGGCAAUGGGCUAAAGAAACUAGUGAGAUUUGGAGUGAUAACCCAGAUACAGGGGCAGAAAGUACGUUGUUCAGUUCAUUGUAAUUCCCAAGGGCUGGACUGAGCCUUUAACCUCAGCCCUGAGUAGGAGGCAGUAUAGAGCUGUGCCUGCCCAGGAAGGACUUGUGAUUUGGAGAGUCACCAUUCCUCUCCUGCUCCCCCUCUUGCACCUGGGUGGGGGAAGUGAGCUGUGACACCUUUUGAGCAUGCAGUUUACUUCCCCCCUCAUGCCUGGCCAGGCCAGCCGUGACUCUGCCCACUUGCUCCCAGGGGGAGGCUGCUGCCUCUACUCUGCCCCUGCCCUGGACCCAAGAAGGUCACCCAUAGGGUGUGAGGCCUUGCCUUCCUGCAUAGCCACACAGGACCAGGGUACAAUCUUGCCCUGUGUUUGUGAAAUCAAAGUGCUGCUAGAUUCACCUCUGUGUGUGCAUUUCAAUAAAGAAAUGUUUGUUAAAAUUAUGGAGUUACUGACACUAAGAAAAACAUUUUACAAAGGUUCAAAACUAUUAACAUGUACAAAAGUGGAAAAAGGAUGUAGGCUAGAGAUGGUGAGUUGUCGCCAAACACAAGAAGCCUGUGCCUGGCUCCUAGCACUGCAGGACUGUGCCCUCCCAGAGAAGGGCCUUUUGGACUCCUUUGUGGGACUGUCCACCAAGCGACCAAAUGCAGCCCUGGUGUAAGUGUGUGCCACGUCAUUGAAAUCAGUGAGUCACGUGCUCAGGGCUGAAUUUGGCCCAGUGUGUUUGUUUGCUGCAUUGCUAACUUGUGAAAGUGCCCUGGGGCAGGCAGGAGGAAUUGGAUUUGGGUUCCAGGUUAUGGAAAUGAUUGCCUAAUUAUUACCACCAGUCCCUGAAUUCCUAUACUAUUUGUCAGACAACAUACUUGACAGACAGAUUAGGCCUGUA